GAUCAAUCCAGACACUGAAUGCUGAGGAAAUAACUGAAGAAAUUGGAAAUAUGUGGAGGACUAUGUACAAGCUCACUAAGAGUUUUCCAGAUCUGCCUGGGCCUAGACGCUUAGCAGAAACUAUGAAAUUUAAGCUUGAUAAAUUUAAACUGCAUCUUCCUGUCCUGUCAGUUGCCUGCAAUCGUGGAAUGAGGGAGAGACACUGGGAGCAGAUUAGUGAAAUUGUAGGAUGUGAGAUUAGACCUGAUGAAACUACUACUCUUAAAAACAUAUUGGAUUUUGGACUUUCAAAAUAUAUUGAUAAGCUGGAACCUAUUGGAGCAGCUGCAAGUAAGGAAUAUUCCUUAGCAAAAGCAAUAGAGAAAAUGAAACAAGAGUGGGCUAAUGUGCAGUUUGGUCUGACGAAGUACAGAGAUACUGACACCAGCAUCCUGUCAGCAGUUGAUGACAUCCAGCUUUUGCUGGAUGAUCACAUUGUUAAGGUUCAGACAAUGUGUGGCUCUCCCUUCAUCAAACCAAUAGAAGCUGAAUGCCGGGCUUGGGAAGCUAAACUGUGUUUAAUACAAGAUAUUGUAGAUAGCUGGUUAAAAUGUCAGGCAACAUGGUUGUAUUUGGAACCAAUUUUUAGUUCAGAAGACAUUAUAGCUCAAAUGCCUGAAGAGGGCAGAAAGUUUGGGAUUGUGGAUUCAUGUUGGAAGGACAUUAUGGCACAAGUGGUGAAAAACACAAAGGUACUUGUAGCAACUGAACAACCCAUGAUGUUAGAGAGACUUCAGGAAGCAAAUGCCCUCUUAGAAGAUAUUCAAAAGGGGUUGAAUACUUACUUGGAGAAGAAAAGAUUAUUUUUCCCAAGAUUCUUUUUCCUGUCUAAUGAUGAGCUGCUUGAAAUACUGUCUGAAACAAAGGAUCCCCUUCGAGUGCAACCACAUUUAAAGAAGUGUUUUGAAGGAAUUGCUAAACUGGAAUUCAUAGACAAGCUGGAGAUCGUAGGCAUGAUCAGUUCAGAGAAAGAAAUUGUUCCUUUCAUAGAUAAAAUCUAUCCAGCAAAUGCAAAAGGCAUGGUGGAAAAAUGGCUUUUGCAAGUAGAGGAAAUGAUGCUGGCCAGUGUAAGACAAGUUAUUGAAGAUGGCAUAGGAGGAUAUAUUGAGGUUCCUCGAAAAACAUGGGUACUUCAGUGGCCUGGACAGGUGGUUAUUUGUGUUUCAUCCAUUUUCUGGACAGAAGAAGUGUCUGAGGCUAUAAGGAAAGGAACUUUACCAGAUUUCUUGGAGAAGAGCAAUCAACAAAUUGGGGACAUUGUUGAGUUAGUGAGAGGACAGUUGUCCAGUGGAGCCCGGCUGACACUUGGAGCUCUUACUGUUAUUGAUGUGCAUGCUCGUGAUGUGGUUGCAAAAUUGGUUGAAGACAAAAUCACAGAUCUGAAUGACUUCCAGUGGAUUUCUCAGCUGAGAUACUACUGGGAGGAGAAGAAUGUAAUAGUGCGAAUGAUUACAACAGAAGCCAAAUAUGGUUAUGAGUAUCUGGGCAAUUGUCAACGUCUGGUUAUAACCCCCCUAACAGAUCGAUGUUACAGGACAUUAAUGGGUGCCUUGAAAUUAAAUCUUGGUGGUGCUCCAGAAGGACCUGCUGGGACUGGCAAAACAGAAACAACAAAAGAUCUAGCAAAAGCGCUAGCUAAGCAGUGUGUGGUCUUCAAUUGCUCCGAUGGUCUUGAUUACAAGGCAAUGGGCAAGUUCUUUAAGGGGCUGGCACAGUCUGGUGCAUGGGCCUGUUUUGAUGAGUUCAAUAGAAUUGAGGUUGAAGUAUUAUCUGUAGUUGCCCAACAAAUACUUAGCAUCCAGCAAGCUAUUAUUCGCAAACUCAAAACAUUCGUCUUUGAAGGGACAGAGAUCUCUCUUAAUCCAACAUGUGCUGUGUUUAUCACAAUGAAUCCUGGGUAUGCUGGAAGGGCAGAGCUGCCUGAUAAUCUGAAGGCACUGUUCCGAACAGUUGCCAUGAUGGUUCCAGAUUAUGCUUUGAUUGGAGAAAUUUCACUUUAUUCAAUGGGAUUUUUGGACUCUCGGAGUCUUGCCCAGAAAAUUGUUGCUACUUAUCGUCUGUGCUCUGAGCAGCUGUCAUCUCAGCAUCACUAUGAUUAUGGAAUGCGUGCUGUUAAAUCUGUCCUGACAGCAGCAGGAAACUUAAAACUGAAAUACCCAAGUGAAAAUGAAAGCGUAUUGUUACUUCGGGCUUUGAUGGAUGUUAACUUGGCCAAAUUCUUGGCACAGGAUGUGCCGUUGUUUCAGGGCAUCAUAUCUGACCUGUUUCCUGGAGUGGUUCUUCCUACACCAGACUAUGACCUGUUUAUCAAGGCGGUAACUGAAAAUAUAAUAAAAAUGGAUCUUCAACCAGUUCCGUGGUUCAUUGGAAAAAUUAUACAGAUAUAUGAAAUGAUGCUGGUGCGCCAUGGUUUCAUGAUUGUUGGAGAUGCUAUGAGUGGCAAGACCUCUGCUUACAAAGUGCUAGCUGGAGCCCUUGGUGAUUUGUGUGCAGCAAAAUCCAUGGAUGAGUUUGCUGUUGAAUACAAGGUUAUUAAUCCCAAAGCAAUUACUAUGGGACAGUUGUAUGGCAGUUUUGAUCCUGUAAGCCAUGAAUGGAACGAUGGAGUUCUUGCAAAUACCUUCAGGGAACAAGCAUCUUCUACCACAGAUGAUCGGAAGUGGAUUAUUUUUGAUGGCCCAGUGGAUGCAGUUUGGAUAGAGAACAUGAACACUGUGCUGGAUGAUAAUAAAAAGCUAUGCUUAAUGAGUGGUGAAAUAAUUCAGAUGAAUUCAAAAAUGAGUUUAAUCUUUGAGCCAGCAGACUUAGAGGAGGCAUCUCCAGCAACUGUCAGCAGGUGUGGUAUGAUCUAUAUGGACCUGCAAGAGUUAGGUUGGAAGCCACUGAAGGAUUCCUACAUGAAUACGUUGCCUCCAAACCUGCAGGAAGAACACCGAGAGCUGGUCAAUGACAUGUUUAUGUGGCUAGUCGAUCCCUGUUUAGAGUUUAUUCACUUCAAUUGCAAAGCCAUUGUACAAACGUCUUCUAUUCACCUGAGUUACAGCUUGAUGAGACUUUAUACUUGUCUGCUUGAUGAAAUAAGGCAAUCUGAGGAAGACAUAAGGCAAUCUGAGGAAGACAAGAAGCCAAGCAUGUCUACUCAGCAAAUCAUGUUGUGGCUACAGGGGCUUUUCCUUUUUGCUCUGGUUUGGACAAUCGGUGGGAUCAUCGAUUCAGACAGCAGGAAGAAAUUUGAUCUGUUUUACCGGGACUUGCUAAUGGGAAUGAACGAUGAAAACCCACGCCCUAAUAGUGUGAAGCUUACCAGAAACAAUAUCUUCCCUGAAAAAGGAAGUGUUUAUGACUUCUAUUUUCACAAGCAUGGCAGUGGGCACUGGAACAUGUGGAGUGACUACAUCACAAAAGAAGAGCAAGUUAUUCCCCCAGGGGCUAAGGUAUCAGAGCUGAUCAUUCCAACAAUUGAAACUGCCAGACAAAUGUUUUUUCUUAAAACGUAUGUUGAGCAUAAUGUCCCUUUGCUUUUUGUGGGUCCUACUGGCACUGGAAAGACAGCUAUAACAAACAGUUUUCUACUACAACUUCCAAAGGAAAAAUACGUGCCAAACUUCAUCACCUUCUCUGCAAGAACUUCUGCUAACCAAACUCAAGAUAUUAUUAUGUCCAAGCUGGACAGAAGAAGAAAAGGAUUCUUUGGACCACCUUUGGGAAAAACAGCUGUAAUAUUUGUGGAUGACCUAAACAUGCCUGCAAAGGAAGUGUAUGGAGCCCAGCCACCUAUUGAGCUGCUCAGACAAUGGAUUGAUCAUGGUCACUUCUAUGACAAGAAAGAUACAUCCAAGAUUGGUAUCAUAGAUAUGCUGCUUGUUUCAGCUAUGGGUCCACCUGGGGGAGGCAGAAAUGAUAUUACAGGACGCUUCACACGGCACUUGAAUACUGUAUCUGUCUGUGCUUUUGAUGAUGAAACAUUAACCAAGAUUUUUAAUGCAGUUGCUGAUUGGCACUUCAGCAAAGGCUUUGAGCCUGUGUUUCUAAGGCUGGGCAAGAUGAUGGUUCAAGCGACAAUGGUGAUUUAUAAAAUGGCAGUUGAUAAUUUUCUCCCAACUCCUUCAAAAUCCCAUUAUGUCUUUAAUCUACGGGAUUUUUCCAGGGUUAUUAAAGGAGUGCUGCUCUGUCCACACACUCAUUUGCAAGAUGGAGAUAAACUGAUCAGACUUUGGAUUCAUGAGGUUUACCGAGUUUUCUAUGAUCGCUUAGUUGAUGACGAGGACAGGAAGGUAUUCUUUCAAAUGGUACAAGAGACAACAACAAACAGCUUCAAGCAGGACUUCAAUAAGGUACUGAGUCAUCUCUCACCCACAGAAAAUGUCUCUGAUGAUGAUAUUCGCAGCCUGUUCUUUGGAGACUAUUCAGACCCAGCCACUGAUGUAAAAGUGUAUGAUGAAAUCACAGACUUAGAGCAACUGACAACAGUGAUGGAAUACUACCUUGAGGAAUACAACAAUAUCAGCAAAGCACCCAUGUCCUUAGUCAUGUUCAAGUUUGCUAUCGAGCAUAUCUCGAGGAUAUGCAGAGUAUUGAAACAGGAUAAUGGACAUCUGUUGUUGGUGGGAGUUGGUGGGAGUGGUCGACAAAGUGCUACCAAGCUGGCCACCUUCAUGAAUUCCUUUGAACUCUUUCAAAUUGAAAUUACGAAGUCCUAUGGAGUCAAUGAAUGGAAAGAUGAUGUUAAACAAGUGAUGCUGAAAGCAGGUGUUGGUAACAAGAAUGUGUCCUUUUUGUUCUCUGAUAAUCAAAUAAAGGAUGAAGCCUUUGUAGAAGAUAUCAACAUGCUUUUAAAUUCCGGUGAUGUGCCUAAUAUCUUUGCAGCAGAUGAGAAAGCUGAAAUUGUUGAGAAAAUGCAAGCUGCAGCAAGGAUGGAGAACAAGAAAAUUGAAGCCACUCCCCUUGCUAUGUACAAUUUCUUUAUUGAAAGGGUGAAGAAAAAUUUGCAUAUUGUCUUAGCCAUGAGUCCUGUUGGAGAUGCAUUUCGGAAUCGAUUACGGAUGUUCCCUUCGCUGAUAAACUGCUGCACCAUCGAUUGGUUCCAGACCUGGCCUACAGAUGCUUUGGAAAUGGUUGCUAACAAGUUUUUAGAGGAUGUUGAACUUGAAGAUGAUAUUAGAAAAGAGGUUGUGUCAAUGUGCAAGUAUUUCCAAGAAAGCGUGAGAAAGCUCUCCAUCAGCUAUUAUGCUACACUGCAAAGACACAACUAUGUGACACCAGCUUCAUACCUAGAACUAAUUCUUACCUUUAAGACUCUGCUGAAUAGCAAAAGGGGAGAAGUUGACAUGAUGAGAACUCGUUAUCUUAUAGGACUUGAAAAACUUGACUUUGCAGCUUUACAAGUUUCAGAGAUGCAGAAAGAACUGACUGCCCUUCAGCCUGAACUGGUUAAAACUUCUGCAGAAACAGACAAAAUGAUGGUCCAUAUUGAAAAGGAAACAAUUGAAGUAGAUGCAAAGAAGGAACUAGUGUCAGCAGAUGAAAAAGAGGCUAAUGAAGCAGCAGCUGCUGCUAAAGCUAUUAAGGAUGAAUGUGAAGGAGACCUUGCUGAGGCCAUGCCAGCUUUGGAGGCAGCACUUUCAGCUCUUGAUACUCUGAAUCCUUCAGAUAUCUCUCUUGUGAAAUCCAUGCAGAAUCCACCUGGUCCUGUUAAGCUCAUCAUGGAGAGUAUCUGUGUCAUGAAGGGUGCUAAACCAGAGAGGAAGCCUGAUCCAAAUGGCAGUGGUAAAAUGGUAGAAGACUACUGGGGACCAUCUAGAAAACUUCUUAGUGAUCUAAAAUUCCUGGAGAGCUUAAAGACAUAUGACAAAGAUAAUAUUCCUCCUGCUAUAAUGAAGAAAAUUAGAGAGAAGUUUAUUGAUCAUCCAGAUUUUCAGCCAGCUGUCAUAAAAAAUGUCUCAUCUGCCUGUGAAGGACUAUGCAAGUGGGUGCGAGCCAUGGAGGUAUAUGACCGUGUUGCAAAAGUGGUUGCCCCAAAGCGUGAACGUUUGAAGGCUGCAGAAGAAUUACUGGAGGUUCAAAUGCAGAAGCUACAAAUAAAACAAGCAGAACUUAAGGAGGUAGUUGAUCGCCUCCAAGCUUUGAAUGUUGAGCUUGACAACAUGAUUGAACGGAAGAAAGAAUUAGAAGAUAAUAUUGAACACUGCUCACAAAAGAUUGUGAGAGCUGAAAAGCUGAUUAGUGGUCUUGGUGGAGAGAAAGACAGGUGGACAGAAGCUGCACGAUUAUUAGGAAUUCGGUACAUAGACCUUACAGGAGAUGUGUUGUUAUCAUCAGGAACUGUGGCUUAUUUGGGAGCCUUUACUGUCGAUUACCGCCUGAAAUGUCAACAGCAAUGGCAGGUCCUAUGUAAUGAAAAGAACAUACCGUGCUCCAGUGAUUUUAGCUUAAGUAAUACAUUAGGGGAUCCAGUCAAAAUCCGUGCAUGGCAGAUUGCUGGAUUACCAGUUGAUUCUUUUUCCACUGACAAUGGCAUAAUUGUUUCUAACUCAAGAAGAUGGGCUUUAAUGAUAGAUCCUCAAAGGCAAGCUAAUAAAUGGGUAAAAAACAUGGAGAAAACUAACAGGCUGUCAGUUAUCAAAUUAUCUGACACACAUUAUGUGAGGGUAUUAGAAAAUGCUAUUCAGCUUGGAACACCAGUCUUGCUAGAAAAUGUUGGUGAAGAACUGGAUGCUUUCAUAGAACCCAUUUUAUUAAAGCUAACAUUCAAACAGCAAGGAGUAGAAUACAUUAAAUUAGGGGAAAAUGUAAUCGAAUAUUCAAGAGAUUUCAGGUUUUACAUAACAACCUGCUUAAGAAAUCCUCAUUAUCUUCCUGAAGUGGCUGUGAAAGUUUGUCUAAUCAACUUUGUGAUUACACCUUUGGGUCUUCAGGAUCAGCUUCUUGGAAUUGUAGCUGCAGAGGAAAAGCCUGAGCUAGAAGAAAAGAAAAAUAAACUGAUUAUAGAAAGUGCAGCCAACAAGAAACAGCUAAAGGAAAUAGAAGAUAAAAUCCUGGAGAUCCUUUCCACUUCAGAAGGAAACAUCUUAGAAGAUGAAACAGCAAUUACUGUUUUGUCUUCAUCCAAAGAGUUAUCUGAAGAAAUCUGUGAAAAGCAGAAAAUUUCCUCUGUAACUGAGAUGCAAAUAGAUACUACUCGAAUGGGGUAUAAACCAGUUGCUCUUCAUUCAGCUGUUAUCUUCUUCUGCAUCUCUGAUCUGGCAAACAUUGAACCUAUGUACCAAUAUUCAUUAAUUUGGUUCAUUAACUUGUACGUUCAUUCUAUUGCUAAAAGCAAAAAGAGUGAAGAUCUAGAAGAGAGGAUUAAAAAUAUAACUGAGCAUUUCACAGUAAGCAUCUAUAAUAACGUGUGUCGUUCGCUGUUUGAAAAGGAUAAACUGUUAUUCUCCUUGCUUCUGACAAUAGGUAUUAUGAAGGGAAAAGACCAAAUAGAUGAUGAGGUUUGGCAUUUCCUACUGACAGGAGGUGUUGCUCUUGAUAAUCCUCACCCCAAUCCAGCUUCAGAUUGGCUAUCUGAGAAAUCAUGGGCUGAGCUUGUACGUGCAUCUAGUCUGACAAACCUGCAGGGACUAAUGGAACACGUAAGAGAGAAUUCUUCAAAGUGGAAACUAAUCUAUGACUCUGCAAGACCCCAUGAAGAAGCCUUCCCAGAUGCUUGGAGCACACUGAUGGGGUUACAUCGCUUGGUUAUUCUCAGAUGUUUGAGACCUGACAAAAUUAUUCCAGCAGUGCAGGAAUUCAUUGUGGAAAAUAUGGGAAGAACUUUUAUUGAACCACCUACUUUUGAUCUUGGAAAAAGUUACAGUGAUUCAAAUUGUUGUGCCCCUUUGAUUUUUGUAUUAUCACCAGGUGCUGAUCCUAUGGCAGGUUUGCUAAAAUUUGCUGAUGAUGUUGGCAUGGGAGGCACAAGCAUUCAAACCAUUUCACUUGGGCAGGGCCAGGGCCCAAUAGCAGCAAAAAUGAUUUCUCAGGCUAUUGCUGAUGGAACGUGGGUAGUGUUGCAAAACUGCCAUCUUGCAACUAGCUGGAUGCCUGCUUUGGAAAAAAUCUGUGAGGAAGUUAUAGUUCCUGAGAAUACCAAUGACAAGUUCAGGUUGUGGUUAACUAGUUAUCCAUCAGAAAAGUUUCCUGUUAGUAUCCUCCAGAAUGGCAUCAAAAUGACAAAUGAGCCUCCUAAAGGAGUGAGAGUGAACCUUCUUCGAUCAUACCUUAAUGACCCUAUCUCUGACCCUGUGUUCUUUAAUGGUUGCCAAAAGCCAGAAAUGUGGCAAAAACUGCUGUUUGGCCUUUGCUUUUUUCAUGCUAUUGUGCAAGAAAGGAGAAACUUUGGCCCACUGGGUUGGAAUAUUCCAUAUGAGUUCAACGAAUCUGACCUCAGAAUUAGUAUGCGACAGAUCCAGAUGUUUCUGAAUGAAUAUGAAGAAGUCCCAUUUGAAGCUCUGACAUAUCUUACAGGGGAAUGUAACUAUGGAGGCAGAGUAACAGAUGAUAAAGACAGGCGUCUUCUCCUGUCUCUACUUUCCAUAAUCUACAGCAAGGAUAUAGAGCAGGACAAGUAUAUGCUUACAGCUGGAGAUGAUUACUAUAUACCACCACAUGGUCCAUAUGAGUCUUACAUUGAAUACAUACGAAAUUUACCAAUUAUAACACACCCUGAAGUGUUUGGACUUCAUGAAAAUGCAGACAUUACCAAGGAUAACCAGGAGACUAACCAGCUUUUCCAUGGAGUGCUCCUGACUUUGCCAAGAGAAGCAGGGGGAAGUGGCAAGUCCCCUCAGGAAACUGUUGAAGAGUUGGCACAGGACAUCCUAUCCAAAUUACCAAGUGACUUUGAUAUGGAAGAGGUUAUGAAGAUGUACCCAGUACUUUAUGAAGAGUCAAUGAAUACAGUUCUUAGGCAAGAACUAAUUCGAUUUAACAGGCUUACUGAAGUUAUUCGGAGCAGCCUCAUUAAUUUACGCAAAGCCAUUAAAGGCCAAGUGUUGAUGUCAUCUGAACUUGAAGAUGUUUUCAACAGCAUGCUAAUAGGAAAAGUACCAUCAAUGUGGGCUGCCAAAUCCUAUCCAUCACUGAAGCCACUGGGAAGUUAUGUGUCCGAUCUCCUCUGUCGCUUGGUCUUCUUCCAGGAUUGGGUCAUCAGUGGGCCGCCCACAGUGUUUUGGCUCUCAGGAUUCUACUUCACUCAGUCUUUUUUGACUGGUGUCUUACAAAACUAUGCCAGAAAAUACACAAUCCCAAUUGACCAUAUUGGAUUUGAAUUUGAGGUAAUGCAACAGGAGCACACAAUGGAGAAAAUGCCAGAAGAUGGGGCUUAUGUGAGAGGCCUUUUUUUGGAAGGUGCACGAUGGGAUAGAGAAUCCUUGGUAAUUGGAGAAUCACUUCCAAAAAUCCUUUAUGAUUCUUUGCCCGUUAUUUGGCUGAAACCUGGAGAUAGUUCCAAAUUUUGUCAUAUGAACAUCUAUUCAUGCCCUGUAUACAAGACAAGUGAAAGAAAAGGUGUCUUAUCCACUACUGGCCACUCGACCAACUAUGUUCUCUCAAUUGAACUCCCGUCAGACAAGCCCCAGAAACACUGGAUAAAUCGAGGUGUGGCAGCACUGUGCCAGUUAGAUGACUGAGAGUACUCAUGUCAAACACUCAUAUUUUGUUAUUAAAAGAGAUACUUUACUCCC